AUGGAAAACCAACGCUCAUCACCUCUGUCAUUCUCGAGUGUCCCGCAAGAAGAAACCCUGCAUCAGGCCCCAGCUGGACUCCCCAGAGAAACUCUGCUCCCAUCCCGAAUUCUUCCCCCCAAAGAAAUUCCUUCUUUGUUGCCUACUGUUCCCCGGCAAGGCUCCCUGCCCCAAACUUCCAGUGCUCCCAAGCAAGAGACUUCUGGCCAGAUGCCGCAUAUACCCCAGAAGGGACCGCCACUCCUGUAUCCUGCUACUUCUGAACAAGAGACGCAUCUCCAGGGCCACCUGGCUUCCCAGGAAGAGACCCAGUAUCCUGCUGACCAGGAAAUCUCCCUUCUCUCCCACUCCGCCCACCAUCAGGAAGCCCCACUCCACUCCCCUGAAGUUCCUGAGAAAGACCCCCUGACUCUUUCCCCCACAGUCCCUGAGGCUGACAUGGACCCCCUGCUCCAGAGCCAAGCUUCCCAAAAGGACAUCCCCUUCCAGGUCUCUUCUGCAGCCCAGAAGGAACAGCCACUGCCCACAGCAGAGAUCACCCGCUUGGCCGUGUGGGCUGCUGUCCAAGCUGUGGAGAGGAAACUGGAGGCCCAGGCCAUGAGGCUACUGACCCUGGAGGGCAGGACGGGGACAAAUGAAAAAAAGAUAGCCGACUGUGAGAAGACAGCCGUGGAAUUCGCAAACCAUCUGGAGAGCAAGUGGGUCGUGCUGGGGACCCUGCUGCAGGAGUAUGGGCUUCUGCAGAGGCGGCUGGAGAACAUGGAGAACCUGCUGAAAAACAGAAAUUUCUGGAUCCUGCGGCUGCCGCCAGGGAGCAAUGGAGAAGUUCCCAAGGUCCCUGUCACGUUUGAUGACGUCGCCGUCCAUUUCUCGGAGCAGGAGUGGGGAAACCUAUCUGAGUGGCAGAAGGAGCUCUACAAGAAUGUGAUGAGGGGCAACUAUGAGUCUCUGGUUUCCAUGGACUAUGCAAUUUCCAAGCCAGAUCUAAUGUCACAGAUGGAGCGCGGGGAGAGGCCAGCCAUGCAAGAGCAGGAGGACUCUGAGGAAGGCGAGACUCCCACAGACCCCAGCGCUGCACAUGAUGGCAUCGUGAUUAAGAUCGAGGUACAGACCAACGACGAGGGCUCAGAAAGCUUGGAGACACCAGAGCCCCUAAUGGGACAAGUGGAAGAACAUGGCUUUCAGGACUCGGAGCUGGGCGACCCCUGUGGAGAGCAGCCAGACCUGGACAUGCAGGAACAGGAGAACGCCCUGGAGGAGUCCACGGAGGGCUCAGGCGAGUUCAGCCAGCUCAAGCAGAUGCUGGUGCAGCAGAGGAACUGCACAGAGGGGAUCGUGAUAAAGACAGAGGAACAGGAGGAGGAGGAGGAAGAGGAGGACGACGAUGAACUGCCGCAGCACUUGCAGUCCCUUGGGCAGCUGUCCGGGAGGUAUGAGGCCAGUAUGUAUCAGACCCCGCUGCCUGGGGAGAUGUCCCCCGAAGGCGAGGAUAGCCCCCCACCCCUGCAGCUGGGAAACCCCGCGGUGAAGAGGCUGGCGCCCCCCACGCAUGCGCACUCGCACUCCCACUCGCACUCGCAUUCGCACUCCCACUCCCACGGCGAGCGGCACCUGAACGAGAACCGCGGGGCCUCCAGCCAGCAGCAGCGGAACCGGCGCGGCGAGCGGCCCUUCACCUGCAUGGAGUGCGGCAAGAGCUUUCGGCUGAAGAUCAACCUCAUCAUCCACCAGCGCAACCACAUCAAGGAGGGGCCCUACGAGUGCGCCGAGUGCGAGAUCAGCUUCCGGCACAAGCAGCAGCUCACGCUGCACCAGCGCAUCCACCGCGUGCGCGGCGGCUACGCCUCGCCGGAGCGCGGGCCCGCCUUCAACCCCAAGCACGCGCUCAAGCCGCGCCCCAAGUCGCCCAGCUCAGGCAGCGGUGGCGGCCCCAAGCCCUACAAGUGCCCCGAGUGCGACAGCAGCUUCAGCCACAAAUCGAGCCUGACUAAGCACCAGAUCACGCAUACUGGCGAGCGGCCCUACACGUGCCCUGAGUGCAAGAAGAGCUUCCGCCUGCACAUCAGCCUGGUCAUCCACCAGCGCGUGCACGCCGGCAAGCACGAGGUCUCCUUCAUCUGCAGCCUGUGCGGCAAGAGCUUCAGUCGCCCCUCGCACCUGCUGCGCCACCAGCGGACUCACACGGGCGAGCGGCCCUUCAAGUGCCCUGAGUGCGAGAAGAGCUUCAGCGAGAAGUCCAAGCUCACCAACCACUGCCGCGUGCACUCGCGCGAGCGGCCGCACGCCUGCCCCGAGUGCGGCAAGAGCUUCAUCCGCAAGCACCACCUGCUGGAGCACCGGCGCAUCCACACGGGCGAGCGGCCCUACCACUGUGCCGAGUGCGGCAAGCGCUUCACGCAGAAGCACCACCUGCUGGAGCACCAGCGCGCGCACACGGGCGAGCGGCCCUACCCCUGCACGCACUGCGCCAAGUGCUUCCGCUACAAGCAGUCGCUCAAGUACCACCUGCGGACCCACACGGGCGAGUGA